CCAAUGCGCGCUCCCGGGUUGGCUCGGAGGUUGUAACCGACUAACGGAAUUAGAACAUUGACAGAGCUCCGGUUUCAUCCAUCUUCUGACGUUCAGUUCGGAGGUUCGGGUUGGAGACGGUUUGGGGUGAUUUGGGUUUGAAAGUUUAGUGUUAACCGAAUAAACAGCCAUGGAGGCUCGUGGAGUUCUCUCCGUUCUGUGCGUCGGUGCGAUGUUUGCCGUGGCGCUCGCACAGCAGACCGACAGACCCAAGUUCUGGGAGUGUCCGGUGGACCUGUUCUUUGUGCUGGACACGUCUGAGAGUGUUGCUCUGAGGGCCAAACCUCCCAACUUCUACAUCGACCAGAUCAAGAGCUUUACUGAACGCUUCAUCAUGGAGCUCAAGGAGAUGCGCCACCCAUGUGACCGGUCCCUGACAUGGAACUCCGGGGCGCUGCACUACUCUGAUGAGAUCAUCUUAGUGCGCCAGCUGAGUGACAUCGCCACCGAGCGCCAGGCGCUCAUCAGUGACAUCAAGGGCAUCAGCUACAUCGGCAAGGGAACACACACUGACUGUGCCAUCAAGAGAGGCAUCGCUGAGCUGCUCAUAGGGGGCUCCCACUACCAGGAGAAUAAGUACAUUGUCGUGGUGACGGACGGUCAUCCUCUAACAGGUUACAAGGAGCCCUGUGGGGGGUUACAGGAAGCUGCCAAUGAGGCCAGGCAACACGGGGUUAAAGUCUUCUCUGUCGCCAUAUCACCUGACCAGGAGGACACCAGACUGUCAGUGAUUGCUACAGACCAGAACUACAGACAGAACUUCACAGCAGCUGACAACAGCAGAUCCACCCAGCUACAGACCAUUCGCAGUAUCAUAGAUAUGAUCACCAAUGAGACCAAGGAUGUGUGCUGUUCUUUUGACUGCAAUGCUAAAGGAGGUCCCAAAGGACCACUCUUCCUGCAGGGUGAAACAGGUAGACAGGGGAUGCCAGGCGAGAAGGGAGACAUCGGGGUAGAGGGGAACUUGGGAGACCCCGGUCCCGUAGGAUACCGUGGAAUGAAGGGCGACCGAGGUGGAAUAGGCAACAAGGGCGAGAGAGGCCAUAAAGGCUACAAGGGAGACAAAGGACAACAGGGGACAGAUGGAGUUGAUGGACGUAAGGGUGAUCCAGGGUUUCCUGGUCUAGCCGGCUGUAAAGGUUCCCCAGGACCUGACGGCUCACAAGGAGACGGCGGUCCUAAGGGAGAUCCUGGUCCAUACGGAACCAAAGGAGCUAAGGGUGAUCGGGGGAAAAACGGAGAACCAGGACGACCCGGUAACUACGGACCGCCCGGAACCAAGGGUACACUGGGCCCAAUAGGAGCCAAUGGGGACAAAGGACAGCGGGGUGAUGAUGGAGCACCUGGACCGGACGGCCUCCGAGGAGACAAAGGAACCCCAGGAGAGAAAGGAGAACAAGGAACCCGUGGAAACAGAGGACCAAGAGGAGAUUUGGGUGACCCAGGGCCUCGUGGAGAUCAGGGCAGAGAGGGUUCAUCUGGAGCCAAUGGAGAGCCUGGUGACAUUGGCAGGGCGGGGUCUCCAGGAUACAGAGGAGAUGAGGGCGCCCCCGGGCCAGAGGGCCCCAAAGGACCAAGAGGGAUCAAAGGAGCUCCCGGAGACAGAGGCCAGAUCGGAGCGAGGGGAGAAGAUGGUGCACCUGGAAAUGGAACUGAGGGUUGUCAUGGUUUCCAGGGUUACCCCGGCCCACGAGGAGGUACUGGAGAGCCGGGUGGAAAGGGAACCCCAGGACCUAAAGGAGAUGACGGAGAGCCUGGAGACGCUGGCCUGGAUAACAACUCCCCAGGACUCCCAGGGAACAAAGGAGGCAAAGGACACAGAGGACCUGAAGGAAACCCGGGACCAGUCGGGCCUCCGGGACCUGCAGGAGCUGAUGAAUGUGAGAUUCUGGAUAUCAUCAUGAAGCUUUGCUGUAAGUCUCAUGCUGUGAAUGUGUCUGUCUGUCCUGAUGUAGAGUGUAAGUGUGGGCCCCUGGACCUGGCCUUCAUCGUGGACAGUUCUGAGAGUAUCGGCUCCACUAACUUCGCUCUAGCUAAAGACUUCAUCAUCACCGUCAUAGACCGCCUUAUUAAGGACCAGCAAGUCCAUUUUGGUUUUAAUGAGUCCAGGGUAGGCGUGGUGCAGUACAGUGGGGAUGGAGCCCAGGAGGCUGUCAGACUGGGAGACCCCAACAUUAACACACUCACUGAGCUCAAACAGGCGGUGCGGGACCUGCGCUGGCUGGCUGAGGCCACCUAUACAGGGGAGGCUCUGCAGUUCUCUCUGACCAACAUGAUUGACCGUCUGCAGCAGGAGAACCGCGUGGUCCUAGUGCUCACUGACGGACGCUCUGAUAUCACCAGAGAUAAAACACCGCUCAACACACUCUGUGGGAAGGGCAUCAAGGUGGGUGGUCUGGGAGUGAAGGACUACUCUGGCCGUCAGCCCAACCAUGAACAGCUCAGUGCUGUGGUCUGUACGAGCGACCCUAAACCAGGCUUCUCCUUCGUACUGGAGAACUUCGCUGAACUGCUGGAUGACAGCUUCUUACAGAACCUCACCACACGCAUCUGUGAAGAUAAGAAGUGUCCCAACUACAAAUGUCCCAUCUCCUUCUCAGGGGACACAGACAUCGUAUUGAUGAUGGACAGUUCAGCCAGUGUGGGACAGAGGAACUUUGACUCCAGCAAGAUCUUCGUCAAGCGUCUGGCUGAGCGCUUCCUGUCUGCCGAGAGGUCCGGCCGUGCUGCCGUGCGUGUCGCCGUGGGCCAGUACAGCCGUGAACGCCGCAUGGAGGCGGAGCUGACCUCUAACCUCACCCUGCUGACCAGUAAGAUUGAGGCCGCCACCUUCCAGAAUGAUGGGACUGACGUUACGAAGGCGAUGGCCUUCGCCAUGGAGCAAUUCAAGACAUCAGGUGGCGGGAACAGGAAGAGGAAGCUAGUGCUGUUCUCUGACGGGAGAUCUCAGGGCGUUACCGAGGCGAUGCUGGAGAAGCGCGUACGGCUGGUGUCAGAGGGGGGAGUGGAGCUGUACGUUAUCACCGUGGGCAACCAGGUGAGCGAGGCCAACCUGCGCUCGCUGGUCAGCAGGGGGAGGAGUUACGACGUCACCUACGCCCAGCGCCACCUGUUCCGCGUCCCAGACUACCCGUCUCUGCUGCGUGGCGUGUUCUACCAGACCGUGUCCCGCAGGGUCUCCCAGGCCUGAGUUCAGGGGCAAGGGCUGGGACCACAUGCUUUAGAGUUUAGUCUCCCUCAUUAUGAAUAUCCAUUCAUAUUUCAUCACUCAUUUACUGUGUUUUAGUUGGGUUUUUACGUCCGAUAAUGACAGAAGACAAUUGUGUGUCAGACUGUGUAAGAGAUUGUGUUAGACUGCAUUCAUGUGCUCUCAGAAUUAUCAAGAAAAAUCCCAAGCGGAAAACUACUGAAAACCUCUUGUAACAGAAACUAGUUUCAGAUGUCUGUUAUGAGCUUCCAUGUUGUAACAUCUUCCUGUCAGACUGUUCCAUAAUUCCCAGUCAGACUGUUCCAUAAUUCCCAGUCAGACUGUUCCAUAAUUCCCAGUCAGACUGUUCCAUAAUUCCCAGUCAGACUGUUCCAUAAUUCCCAGUCAGACUGUUCCCAGUUCCAUAAUUCCCAGUCAGACUGUUCCAUAAUUCCCAGUCAGACUGUUCCAUAAUUCCCAGUCAGACUGUUCCCAGUUCCAUAAUUCCCAGUCAGACUGUUCCCAGUUCCAUAAUUCCCAGUCAGACUGUUCCCAGUUCCAUAAUUCCCAGUCAGACUGUUCCCAGUUCCAUAAUUCCCAGUCAGACUGUUCCCAGUUCCAUAAUUCCCAGUCAGACUGUUCCAUAAUUCCCAGUCAGACUGUUCCCAGUUCCAUAAUUCCCAGUCAGACUGUUCCCAGUUCCAUAAUUCCCAGUCAGACUGUACCCAGUUCCAUAAUUCCCAGUCAGACUGUUCCCAGUUCCAUAAUUCCCAGUCAGACUGUUCCAUAAUUCCCAGUCAGACUGUUCCCAGUUCCAUAAUUCCCAGCCAGGCUGUUCCCAGUUCCAUAAUUCCCAGUCAGACUGUUCCCAGUUCCAUAAUUCCCAGUCAGACUGUUCCCAGUUCCAUAAUUCCCAGUCAGACUUUUCCCAGUUCCAUAAUUCCCAGCCAGGCUGUUCCCAGUUCCAUAAUUCCCAGUCAGACUCUUCCCAGUUCCAUAAUUCCCAGUCAGGCUGUUCCCAGUUCCAUAAUUCCCAGUCAGGCUGUUCCCAGUUCCAUAAUUCCCAGUCAGACUGUUCCCAGUUCCAUAAUUCCGAGCAGCACAUGAACGCAGCAUUAGACAGAAACGUUACUGUAAAGGAAUGGUCGUUGUUGUUUGUAGAUCAGAGACAGGACAGGAUAUGACAUCACUACAUCUUUUUUAAACAUCAAAGUUAAACAUUAAACAUCCUCCCUGCAGACAACCUGGUCCUAAUGAAGAACAGCUGGACACGGACUGUUUGCGACGCGUGUGUGUGUGUGUGUGUGUGUGUGUGUGUGUGUGUGUGUGUGUGUGUGUGUGUGUGUGUGUGUGUGUGUGUGUGUGUGUGUGUGUGUGUGUGUGUGUGUGUGUGUGUGUGUGUGUGUGUGUGUGCGUGCGCAGCCAGUGGAAUGGUCUCUAUAAUGUGCUAUACAUCAUGUGGGAGUUCCUCAUAAACAGUUUGUCUGAGGUCGCAUGUUCAGAUGCCUCACAAGUACACAAACAUGCAACCAGACACACACACACACACACACAACCAUACACACACAACCACACACACAACCAUACACACACAACCACACACACAACCACACUCAGACAGGAAAACAUCUAUUACCAUGUUUGCACCGCCUACCCUGAUGAGGUAAAGAAACCCUGAAUGGUUUAUGUCUCCCUGUGACCCCUCUCUCUCUCUCUCUCUCUCUCUCUCUCUCUCUCUCUCUCUCUCUCUCUCUCUCUCUCUCUCUCUCUCUCUCUCCCUCUCCCCUUUCUCUCACACUCUCUCUCUCACACUCUCUCUCUCUCUCUCUCUCUCUCUCUCUCUCUCUCCCCCUCUCACUCUCACUCUCACACUCUCUCUCACACUCUCUCUCUCUCUCUCUCUCUCUCUCUCUCUCUCUCUCUCUCUCUCUCUCUCUCUCUCUCUCUCUCUCACACUCUCUCUCACACACUCUCUCUCUCUCUCUCACUCUCACUCUCUCUCACACUCA